AUCCAAGAGCCAGUGAGCUUUACAAACAGAAAGGAGCAGGAUCCGCCUCCUGUAGAUCUUUAAACGGAGCACAAGGCUCUACACAGUGAGAAGGAAGAUUAUUCUCUUUUGCUGGAAGCAGACAAGAGACCAAGAUGCAGAGUACAUUUUUUCUGGCUCUUCAGCACAACUCAUCCCAGAUGGAAACGGCCUACUUUAGCUGUUUGGACACUGGUGAAACUCUGGUCAAAAAUAAGAAAAGCAGGCAUAAAGACUGGAGAUCCCUGUUUAACAAUAUUUUGCAAUGUACUCCUUCACCUCACACAGCUACUGACACUCGUCUCUUAACAAACAAAACCUACAGACCUACUUCUGAUGAGGUGAACCAAUGGGCCCAGUCUUUUGAUAAACUACUUGCCCACAAAUAUGGGCAAGCUGCAUUCAGAAUCUUCCUUAAAUCUGAGUACUGUGAAGAGAACAUUGAGUUCUGGCUUGCCUGUGAGGAAUUUAAGAAGAUCAAGUCACCUGUGAAACUAGCCUCCAAGGCAAAAAAGAUCCAUGAAGAAUUCAUCUGGAACAAGGCCCUGAAAGAGAUUAAUUUAGAUUACCACACAAAAGAAGACAUCACACAGAAUCUUCAGCAGCCAACGGCUAACUGCUUCAGCGCUGCCCAGAAGAAGGUUUACAGCCUGAUGGAGAAUAACUCUUACCCACGAUUCCUGCUCUCUGAAAUCUAUCAGGAACUGUGCUCUGUAUCUCAAGGGAAGAGCAAAUAUCUGAAAACAUGAACCUCUGACUGGUAUCCAAAGAAGUUCUGAAGGGCUAGAAAACAGGGACUCUGUCAGCCUCCACUAUUAAGUAUGUUCUUACAGCUCCUGUUGUAAACAUCAGGUGGAAGCUGGAAAACACAAUGAACUGGCAAAUGUGACAAGUUUCAGGAAAACGUCUUUUAUAUGGAUAUUAAUAACUUUCACCUUAAGAGGUGAACAAAGAUGUGAAAUAAAAUGUUUUACUGUAGAUAAAAUACUCAGGAUAGGGUUUAUUUUGAGACUAGCUAUGGGGCCAAGACAAUUUGGUAUUUGCACUCAAAAUGGGAAGCAGUAAAUGGGAAACUAUAUAUAUAUAUAUAUAUAAAUUUAAUGUAAUUUAAAUAUGCUGUUGGUGCUGGUCAUUUUUUAAGCAGCUGCUACUGUAGAGAAUAACACAAAAAAUUAUUCUAGUUGUCAUGUAGAAAUAUGAUGUAACUAGAGUACAGAGUGAUCUGUAUUCCAUGAGGAAUCUCACUGGUCUUUACCCAGUAUAUAUGCACAAGUCUUAUCCUCAUGGGCAACCUAUGAUGAAUAAUAUUUUUGUAAUAACAGGGUAUGUUUUAAUAUUAUUUCUUUCAGAAAUGUGAAUAAAUAUAUCAAGCUGG